UAGAGUAAAGCGUGGUAGCUCCCACGUGCCGUGAGCGGUUAGAGUUGUGAUUGUGAAUUUGGGAGGAAAAGAAGAGAGGGAGAGAGAGAAAGAGAAAAACAGGAAGAGGAAGCGGAAGGAGAAGAAGAAGGAGAUAGAGCAUGGCCGAUCUAUUUGGGUGGCUCAUCUCCUUCUUCCUCCUUAUCGCCUUGCUCGUCCUCGUCACUUAUCAGCUAAUGUGCCUGGCAGACCUAGAAUUUGAUUACAUAAAUCCAUAUGAUUUCUCUGCUCGAAUAAAUUCGGUGGUGGUGCCUGAAUUUAUUAUUCAAGCUGUUCUUAGCUUCUUCUACAUUGUUACGGGUCAUUGGGUUAUGUCAUUGCUCUCUGUUCCUUAUCUCUACUUUAAUAUCCGAUUGUAUAGACAAAAAAAGCAUUUAGUUGAUGUUACUGAGAUAUUCAACCAGCUUUCAUGGGAAAAGAAGCAACGACUCGUCAAACUCUUCUAUCUUGUUUUAACCCUUUUCCUCUCUGUAUUUUGGAUGAUCUACACAACAUUGGAGGACCACAAUGAGUAAUUGGAGAUGGUUACUUGUUUUGUGGAGUGCUUUAUUAAAGUGACCACAGCAGUAAUAUUUCCAGAUGUGUGUGGUAGGUAGCAGUUCAUUAUUUGACAUAUGUGACACUAACAUGACUGACUCUACUUUCGGGGGGAGUUGCAAGCUUAUUUUGAUAGCUGGACAGUACGAUAUCUUUAUCAAUAUACUAAAAGCAUUUUAUGCUUAUCUAACUCAUGCCUUCAUGUAUAUGGGUAUUGGGUAAAUGCAUCAAAAGGUGCCAGUAGCUGAUGAGAGAUUUGGGUUAUUUGCAUAGUGUUAUUGGUCAAUGUGUGCCUAUGUACCAAAAAAGAUACUCCAUGUAUAUUCAUAUUGAAUUUGUUUACAGAACAUUGUAGUUUUAACUUUUUCAGUAAAUCCAUGGCUCACACCUUCGAAAAGGGUGUAACCACCACUAACCAUA